CCCCCCCCCCCCCCCCACCCCCCCCGCGACCCUAGUGAGGAUUAAGCGGUGUAUAGAUAAUGGAUGGAUGGAUGGAUGUUGCUGCAGUCCGACCGUUGCUCUUCUCGGCAAAUCUUCCUGCACAUCACCACAUUUAGCAAACAGCCAACACAAAGAAGUGACGAAAUAGGUUUAAGAUAGUAUUUAUCAGUGAUUCUACUCAUUACUGAGGGAAGAUGUGGAGAAAAGGAAGAACUGAGGACGACGAUUUUCGGCCCUCAGACCUGCAGGGACCAUCUGUAGCUGAUCCAUCCUGCUCCGGUUCACUUAACAAGGCGCUUCCUUGGUAUCAACCCUGAGAGGGGAACAAAGGGCAGCCAGGAGAAGGUGAUGUUCCAGAGGUCAGGAAGCUGCUCCAGAAAAAGGCAUCUACUGUAAAUCCCCAUGUAGUCACCUUUAUAAAAAGACAGAUGGACUCUGAGUGGGACUUCAUGUAAACCCACAACACCUCUCCACACAGAACCUCACUUUCACAAAGGAAAAGCCCCAUCUGCAACCAGAUGUUCAUGUUGUCAUUCUAAGGUAACAAGUCUCAGCAUUGUGUUUGGUUCAGUAUAAAAUACUUCCGUCCUGGUGUCUCAGUUUUGAAGUUCCAGGUUUGUUCCAUGACUUGGUGUUUAUUGAACAUGAUCAAGAGUCAUGAAAGACUGAUUCUGAAGGCAGCGUACCUGAAAUGUGAUGUGCAAUUUUUAAACAGAUUGUUGACAACCUGUUAAAUAAAAAAUAAAAUAACAGUGCGCUGCUGGCAACUUUAGCUGCCAGCUUUUUACUGUAAAUUUACAGGGAAAUUUCUUAGUGUACUUUUAUUGCAUUAUUUAUUGAGUGAGGCAUGACCUCCUAGAAGAACCGAAGGUUCUUCUUUUCUGACACUAAACCUUCCUCGUCUCCUUUGUCUUGCUCUUAUCUGUGUAAAAAAAAGAUAAAUUUUUGCUGCAUGAGUCUUGUAAUCAGAAUUUGCUCAGAGUGCAGUAACAUGCUGCCCGUGGGCCAAAAGCGGUCCUCCAGAGUGUCCAAUCCGGCCCUCAAAGUGUAAAAAUUCCAGAGAAGACAUUAACUACAGAUUGUAAAUUAGUAAAACUAUAAAUUUAAAAUAAUUUCUAGACCAUGACAAGUUGUUUUGAUCAUAAGUAAAAUACUAGAUUGUUCAUUGUUCUUCUGUCAUUUGGUGUCUAAUUUUGUAAUAUUUUGUCUUGUUUUUGUUAUUUUUUGUCUUUUUCUGUCAGAUUUUUGUUGUUUGUCUCAUGUUUUUGUCGUUUGGUUUCUCAUUUUUGUCGUUCUGUGUUCCCUCUUUGUCUCGCUUGUGUUUUAUGUCUUUUUUUAGCGUUUUGCUCCUUUUUUGUCAUUUUUUGUCUUGUUUAUGUCCAUUUUUUUUGUCACUUUGUAACUUUUUUCUAAGUUUUUGUUUUGUUCCAUGUUGUUUGUCCUAUUUUUUGUCGUUUUGUGUCUGAUUUUUGUAAUAUUUUAUCUUGUUUUUGUAGUUUUUUUGUAUUUGUUUUGUCUGACUUGUCGUUUUGAUCAUAAAUUAAAAUUCCAGAUAGAAAUAUUCAGUGACUGAAGUCAUCUUGUCAGCCAAUAUUUUAGUUAAUCCACAGGCAUUUAUGGUUGCACAUAGAAAUGUAAUGUUUCAUCCAUCAGAAAUCAUCCAAUGACUGAGCAGCCUUGGUGGAGUACUGCUCUGUGAGUGCUUUUCUUGUUUUUUAUUGUGUUAGUCCUGGCCAGGAUUACAUCAAACAUGUUGGACAGCAUCAAACCUGAACAAAUGUUUCCCUGAUCCCUGAACAGUUCCUAGAUUACAGCUGCAGCUCUGCUCCCACUGGUUUUUAGUUGUUCACAGAUCUUCAUGUGUUCUUUCCCAUCUUUCUGAAUUCUCCCAACCACAUUUUUUAAUUCAUUUGUCGAUUCCUCUCCAAACGGAGCUGUGAUGCAGAUAGACACCAAAACUGAGAAAGUUGUGGUGUUUAGAGUCGAUCACAGGUGUCCUCACUUAUGUUGUACACUGUAAAAUCUGCAUUUUUUCAUUAAUGACUUGUUUAUUACCAGCAAGGGACUGACUGCUCGGACAAGCGGUGCGUGUUCCAGCCACUCGGUAGAACUAAUGAUUGAUUUUUGUGUGUCCAUGUGGAAGAUCGUUCCUGCUGAUUUAGACUCUGCAGCCGUGAGCGACGUCGAGGCUGCCAGGGCUGGAUUAUGACCUGUCAGAGACUGGAGAGCCUUCAGCCUGCAGGGCUACCCAGGGUUCAUCUUCAUCUCUAACCUGUUCCUGUCGGGGUCCCAAUCCUACUGGGUGAGACAAUGUCUGAAGACCUACCCUCAGAAAACAAACAUCUGUAAUCUAGACAUGCACAUGUCUCCUUCAGACACCAAGGACUUCUGGGGAAAGAGUGUACAUGCUCUCAGUUCUCCCACUGGAAAGAAAGAACCAAAGACUCUCCUGGAGAGGCUGCGUUGGGUCACUCUGGGAUAUCACUACAACUGGGAUAUGAAGACUUACUCUGCCAACAGCUACACUCCUUUCCCAGCUGACCUCCACUUGCUGUCCCUCCAAGUAACGGCUGCCUGUGGCUUCCCAGGGUUCAACUCAGAGGCUGGAAUUCUAAACUACUACCGACCGGAUUCUUCUCUGGGGAUCCAUGUGCAUGAAUCUGAGCUGGAUCACACUCGACCUCUGCUGUCCUUCAGUUUUGGACAGUCGGCCAUCUUCCUCCUGGGAGGCACCUGCAGACAGGAUCCCCCUACUGCCAUGUACAUGCACAGUGGGGACAUGAUGCUGAUGUCGGGACAAAGCCGCCUUCUUUACCACGCCGUCCCACGCAUCCUCCCAGCCCCUCAGGGUCACACUACUUUAGAGAUGGAAGGCUGCAGCCUGACCUCGUCCCUACAGGGGGAUGCUGUGGUGGAGCUGGUGUCUGAGGAGGACUGGGCGCUAUGCUCCAGGUACAUCCACAACUCCAGGGUGAAUGUGACUGUCAGACAGGUGCUGGGGCCUGGGCAGAACUUUCCAGAAACACCCUCUCCUCUCCAAAGGACUGAUACGGGCCAGACAGACGGACCUCAUGACGGAGCAGCAGACCGAGAUAAUGAAAAGAGGAAAAGAAGCAGCAAUGGCUCUGUUGAUCCUGUAGAGACAUGAAACAAGCUGGUGUGGCUCUUACCUGGAGAUGUGAUGCUGCAGGGGACAUUUAGCAGAGUCUUUCAUAGCAGAGAUGUUCUAGUGUGUAAGUUCUGCUAAGACCAUAAACCCUAAAUGUGUCAAAUAUCUUUGAGGAAAGCAGUGAAACCAAAUCCUUAGCACUCAGGAUGGCAGUGUUGAAGCUGAUGUAGAAUAUUUUGUGGACAUCCCAAAAUUACCAAAGCCAAUAUGUUCCUUAAAUGACUGACUCAAAUUUGAGGGGAAAAAAGAAAAGAUGGAAGAAAUGUUUUGUUUAAGAAUUCAGCCUUAAAUGUGAUUUUGGCUUCAAUAGCUGUAGAAAGAUGAGGGUGUUUGACUGAAGUACAGAUCAGUGUAUUUACGUCUAGAAGCUGCAGUGACUCUUAACUGUUGUUGUGAACUCUUGAACUUUGAAGCGGAAAUGAAAACGUCUUUCAGCCUAAAAUGGACACAAUGACUCUGUUUAUUCAGGUUUUGGACAGUGGUUCUAAACAUACAGACACUGAAAUGCUGACUGAUGAGUGUGACUUCAAAAUAAAAAGAGAAUGUUUUUAUUGCAAGAAAUAAAGAUGAAAUGAAGGUUAAAUAAUAUGUAGAAUACCAGAAAUGAUUUAGUGCCUCACUUCAUCUCUCACCUGAUAUUUUGUUGAACUUUUAUUUGUUUCAUGUAUUUUUUGUCUCGUAGGCCACAAGUCACAUUAACAAAAUACAAACUUGAAAGUGCUCAAGAAGCCAGAGCUUCACUACAAAACAAGAUUAAUCUGUCAGCACCAUGGUAACUGAUGCAGAACUAACCUGGUCCGGUGGAGGUUUUGUUCACCGUAACGGAUUUAAAGCUGCUAUAAAAAGAAGAAAAUUGUUUUCUGCUAAUUAUUUAUGAGCGAUACUAAAUAAAAUGUUUUAUCUGUAAA